CUUCUGUUCUUUUCUUUACAUCUGCAUGAGUUAGCUCACGCCCUUUUUCCAUGCUUCUACUCAGCUUCCAUCUCGGGCCAUUUACUAAGGACUACAGUUAAUGGCAUGACUUCGAGAGAACGAGUGACCCAAGAGAUACUCAUCGUUUCUAGAACACCAAAGCAUGGUAGUUGGGAAAAGUAUGCAAAGACAGCUGUUCUGGUAUACUCGUGGUCUUGCCUGGGUUUAUAUAGCGAGAUACUCGGUCCCACGCUGCCUACCCUGAUGUACCAAACUGGCGCGGGGUACCGCGAGAUCGGCACAGCGCUAUCAGUCAGGGCCGUCGGAAUGUUUUGCGGAUCCCUGAUUGGUGGCUGGUCGUCAGACAAAUGGGCGUAUGCACGCAGUUUCCAAAUAGCGCUCGCCCUCCUUAUCGCUGCAAUUACCAAUGUGUUGAUUCCGCUGGCCCGCUCAAUUCCCGUGCUAUCCACCAUCCUCUUUUGGGCGGGCUGUUCGCAUGGAUAUCUUACGACAAAUGGGAAUCCACUGCUUGGUUCGAUCUGGGAAUCGAAGGCAUCCGGGCCAUUCAGCCUGAUGCAUGCGGGAUAUGGGCUUGGUGGAGCUUUGGCCCCAAUGCUUGUUGCACCGUUCACAAUUCACACAGACAGCAACAAGACCGAAAACAUAUCAAUUCGCCUGAUCGUCAACGAUUCGUAUGCGAUCAGUGGAACGGAAGCCGCUCUAAUCAAUCCCAUUGCCCCGUACAAUAUGGUGGCAGCCAUCCUAUUCUCUUGCGCCUUGUGUUUUAUUCCAUUCAGUGGACUGAAAAAUUGCCCAUCGCCAAGGCAUUUGUGUCUCGCCGGUGGAUCCAAUCGGUGUUCGUGUCUGGCAAAAGGCGUUGCACAGUCUCAGGUAUCCAAUGAUUCAGCACUCCCCAUCAGUUGCCCCAUUCGCGCCAGGGAUGCAUUCCACACACUCUAUUCCAAGACUAGAUAUUACAUUGGAAAUCUACGUGCCAAGAUGAAGCGCACGGACGUAUUGGUCGUUACUGCCACAUUCAUCAUUUAUUUCGCUGUCGUUGGAAACGAGCGGGUUUUCGGAAAAUUUAUGUUCACCUAUGCGAUUGCCGGCCCAGUGGGAAUGAGUCCUGCGAACGGCUACAUCUUGAACCUACUUUACUGGAUUUUCUUCGGAGGAGCGCGUGUUCUCACCUUCUUUCUGGCCAUGUGUAUUUCAGCCAAUCCAAUGCUUCUACUGGUCACAAUAGGAACCAUCCUCGUCUCCAUUGCUCUCACCGUGAUCCCGUCCACCGAACCAUGGUUUUUCGCCUUCACCUGUCUGUUCAGUUUGUUCAAAAGUCCUCUGUUCCCUGCCACGUUGGCCGCGAUCAAUCAGUCGUACGAGAUAACCGGACUAUUGGUGCUUGUGGUCAAUUUGGGCAGCGCUUGUGGGGCCAGUCUGCUCCAAUUCACAGCGGGAAGUUUGAUUGAUGCCUACGGCCAACACAUAUUUCCAUAUCUGGUAUGUGGUAGCGCCGUUGUUGUCCUAAUCACUGUUACUCUGCUCCUGGUACUUUUGCGGUACAUGGGAAAUCGAUUCACAGAAGCGGUCGAAACCGUUGAGCUGGCUGGCAGUGAAACAAAAGAUGGCGAUGAAGUCGCUGGUAAGCUUCUGUUCCCGGAGACUUGAAGAACGUGCAGUUUGGUUGUUCUACACUUUUUUGAGGAAACAAAACCCCAUCCUUUGUACAAAUUCGUGCUUCCUUUUCUCGUCACGUUUACAAUGAGCACUCAGCAAUGAAUUUCGAAUCAAUCAAAUUUGUUGAGCAUUUCAUUGUGAUAUAUUUUUGUUUACGACACCUAAAGACGACAAACACGUAUCGAUUAUUUUCCAAUCCCGACUGAUGAUGAUUGCUUUCUUGCUUUAUCCAAUCGAGUACGUUUUUAUUAUGGAUGUAUGUUAAUUAAAGUUGAGAUUCUUUUGUCAUACAAAACUGC